AUGACGGGCCAAGAUCUCUACACAAGUUUGAACGCGACUCUCGCCUCAACCACCCACCGCCCGGUGACGCCUGUACAUAUGAUUCAAGAGAACGACUACAGCGUGCCGGCGCCUCCUCCACCAAGCCCGGUAUCAUUCGCUACAGACCACUGGCAGUCAUCGAUCCGCCGAUGA